GCCGCGAAGACAAUCGAAGCUAUCAUGUCGCGCGCGAAGCACAUAGCCGCAACGUUGGCGUGCGCGUUGGCCGCGACCAGUUGGCGGUGCUGCGACGGUGCCGCGCUGACGGCCACGCCUGGCGAUGACACCGACCGCGUGGACCCGGCCGCCAAGUACGACGCGAACUUGGAGUUUCUGAAGAACGUGGCGAGGCACGACGCGUUGUGGGCACCGGUGCUACGCGAGAAGGUGAAAGUGACCGGCACGUUGACCGAGCACGUGAACCGGUACACGACAACCGAGAAGCUGAACCCGGUCGUCGAAGCCGUGGACCCGUUCCUGGAACUGGUGAAGGUGAUGAAGUCCAACGCGUUGGUGGGCACGAAGGUGUUGUUCACGGUGGUCGCCAUUCGCAACGCGCUCGCGUGCACGGUGCUCAAGCACCUGUCCAUCCAAGCGUUGGCGUUGCAUCGGCUGAUCCUUGCGAACCACCACGUGGUGGCCGUUCCGCACGUGACCCGGUGGCUGGAGCACAUGGUCCGUCUGGUCUUGAACAAGCUAGCCGCGCUCGGGUACCGGUUGCCGAUAGUGGCUCAAGCCCAUCAUCACAUAACUAUGCUGCUGUUGCCGAACGCGGACCCCAAAAACAACGAUCUGUACAAAAUGGCCACGGAUAUGUACGCGGAGAUUGAGAACAGGUGUGCGGCCCCUACCGAGGGCCACUACUGGACAGUGGUACAGGAACUGAAGCACGAGCGAACGGUGGACGAACUCUAUUACUUGCAAGCGCAGUUGAAGGAUAAGAACAUUGCGGGCUUGGAAGACCUGGACCGCAUCGAUCAGAUAGUCAAGUAUAACGGUGAGCUAGAGCUGAAAGACGAAGACAUACGGAAGGAUUGGUUGGAAAAAAUGGGACCCACAGACCUCAGGAAGCUGGCUACUAUCAACCGGAUCCAGAUGAACUAUCUGAUACUCAAUCUGCCGAUCAACGCAUUAGUUGAGACCCAGUGGAGCAACCUUUUCAAACUCAAGGCGCUGCACGCCGAAGUCGCCACCUGACCACCUUAUCGUGGUGUGACAAUUCGGGUUCAGUUUUCUGGUACCGGUCCAAUGGUGUAGGAAAAUAACUUUAUAUUGCAUUCGCGUAUAAAUAAAAAGUGUUUAUUUUA